AAUUGACAUAAAGGAAAUUUUGUCACCCAAUUUUGGUGGUAGUUGGUUAUCGUUUUGGUAGUUAAAUUGGUGUUGAGUUAACGUUUUGGAAUAUCAAAGAGAGAUUCUACACUUUCCUCUUGCACAUGAUGGACAUAAAUGAGACACGUUACGUGAAAACCGCCGUAUCGGCUUUUCCUGUGGAAGAGGGUCGUGAGAAUGGUGAAAAUGGCUGGUAUAUACCACAAGUUGAUGGUUCCUUCGUCUGGAUGACCAUUGAAGAGGGUGAGCGCGCGAUCGCGGAACGUGAGAAACAAGAGGCAAUGGAAGGACGUCUCAACUUGGUGCCCGUCAACUACUACCUAUAUACACAAAGGAAUCCAACUACUCCACAAAAAAUUACCGUUGCCGCACAAACUAUUUUGAAUUCGAACUUCAAUCCUAGCAAUCCCACCAAAGUUUUGGUUCAUGGCUGGUGGGGCAACUACAAAGCCGCUAUGAACAACAAUAUUCGUGAUGCUUGGCUGAGCCAUGGUGACUACAAUAUAAUCGUGGUGGAUUGGGCACGCGCUCGUUCCAUUGAUUACGUAUCCAGUGUUGUGGCUGUGCCUAAAGUGGGCCAGAAGGUCGCCGACAUGAUUGAUUGUUUGGUACAGAAUCAUGGCAUGUCCCUGGAUCAAACCGAGGUGAUUGGUCACAGCUUGGGCGCUCAAGUUGCCGGUUUCACAGGCAAAAAAAUUGUUACUGGUAGGCUGCACGCCAUUGUUGGUUUGGACCCGGCUCUGCCACUCUACAGCUACAACAAGCCCAACAAACGUCUCAACAGUGAUGAUGCCGCAUACGUUGAGUCCAUCCAGACCGAUGGUGGUCAGUUGGGUUUCCUAAAGCCAAUCGGUAAAGGUGCCUUCUACCCGAAUGGUGGCAAGAAGCAACCCGGUUGUGGUUUGGAUUUAACUGGUUCCUGCAGUCAUGGACGCUCCUGCAUCUACUACGCUGAAGCUGUGAGGGCUGACAAUUUCCCAAGCAUGCGUUGUGGUGGCUAUCAAGAGGCUGUAAAUAAGAGUUGCGGCGUCUCAUACAGUGGUGUGAAGAUGGGUGCUGUUACUAAUGCUUUUAUGGUGGCUGGAGAUUUCUAUGUACCCGUACGCGCAACUGCUCCCUAUGGUUUCGGAUCUUCUUAAGGAAAUGAUUUGUUUUUAAAAUUUAUUCAGACAUAAAUAAAUGUUCGAUACAGAAAACGUA